AUGGUGUUUAGAGAAUUGAAAAGUUUCUUUUACUUGCAGGUGGAGAGAACGGUCACUGCACUUAAGAAGAGACAUAUCUCAGUUGGAGAAGGAGUCAAAUCGUCAACUUAUGUGAGAGUAAAGUCCGAGUCAGACUAUAAUGAAGAGGACUACCUACGCUACGCCCAUGGCCUGAUAUCAGAGUACAUCAGUGAAGACCUGAGCAAAGCCCUCCUCUCACACUUGCAGUUACCGGAGCUCACAAGCCCAAAAGAGACAGAACCCCCUUCAAAGAAGCGAAAACUUUCAGACAAUCCUGUGGAGGCCGGAGAGGACUACACCAAAUUCAACAGUGCAGACUUCACCCGCAAACCGCCCAAGAAGAUGACUACCGCUCAGAAAACUCUGGCCAAGGUGGACAAGUCUGGCAUGAAGCCCAUGUCGUCCUUCUUCAGCCCCAAGGUCAAAGCAGAGAAUAAAUGAAUGUUGUGCAGCUGCUGGUUUGUAGAUGACGCAUUCGUAAUAAAGAGAAGAAAAUGUG